GCCGCCGACAUGGGCAACGCGGGGAGCAUGGAUUCGCAGCAAACCGAUUUCAGGGCGCACAACGUGCCUUUGAAGCUGCCAAUGCCGGAGCCAGGUGAACUGGAGGAGCGAUUUGCUAUCGUGCUGAAUGCUAUGAACCUACCUCCUGACAAAGCCAGAUUACUGCGGCAGUAUGACAAUGAGAAAAAAUGGGAACUGAUUUGUGAUCAGGAGCGAUUCCAGGUGAAAAAUCCUCCCCAUACAUACAUUCAAAAGCUCAAAGGCUAUCUGGAUCCAGCGGUAACCAGGAAGAAGUUCAGACGGCGUGUUCAAGAAUCUACACAAGUGCUAAGAGAACUGGAAAUUUCUUUAAGAACUAACCACAUUGGAUGGGUCAGAGAGUUUUUGAAUGAAGAAAACAAAGGUCUUGACGUUCUAGUGGAGUAUCUAUCAUUUGCACAGUAUGCAGUAACUUUUGACUUUGAAAGUGUGGAAAGUACUGUGGAGAGUUCGGUGGAAAAAUCAAAGCCCUGGAGCAGGUCCAUCGAGGACCUGCACAGGGGGAGCAACCUGCCCUCCCCUGUGGGCAGCGGCGCCUCCCGCUCCGGAAGACAUUCCGCGCUGCGAUACAAUACUUUGCCAAGGAGAAGAACCCUGAAAAAUUCAAGAUUAGUGAGUAAGAAAGACGACAUACAUGUCUGUAUCAUGUGUUUACGUGCCAUCAUGAAUUAUCAGUAUGGUUUCAACAUGGUCAUGUCUCAUCCACAUGCUGUCAAUGAGAUUGCACUAAGCUUGAACAAUAAGAAUCCCAGAACAAAAGCCCUUGUUUUAGAACUGCUGGCAGCCGUUUGUCUUGUCAGAGGCGGGCACGAAAUCAUUUUAUCAGCAUUUGAUAACUUUAAGGAGGUUUGUGGAGAAAAACAGCGCUUUGAGAAGCUUAUGGAACAUUUCAGGAAUGAAGACAAUAACAUAGAUUUUAUGGUGGCCUCCAUGCAGUUUAUUAAUAUUGUUGUCCAUUCCGUAGAAGAUAUGAAUUUCAGAGUUCACCUCCAAUAUGAAUUUACCAAAUUAGGCCUGGAUGAAUACUUGGACAAGCUGAAACACACUGAGAGUGACAAGCUGCAGGUCCAGAUUCAGGCUUACCUGGACAACGUGUUUGAUGUGGGAGCUCUGCUGGAAGAUGCUGAAACUAAGAAUGCAGCUUUGGAGAGGGUGGAAGAACUGGAAGAAAACAUCUCUCAUUUAUCUGAAAAACUUCAAGACACAGAGAAUGAAGCUAUGUCUAAGAUUGUGGAACUGGAAAAGCAGCUCAUGCAGAGGAACAAGGAGCUGGAUGUUGUUCGAGAAAUCUACAAAGAUGCAAAUACCCAAGUUCACACCUUAAGAAAAAUGGUCAAAGAAAAAGAAGAAGCCAUUCAAAGACAGUCUACUCUGGAAAAAAAGAUUCAUGAACUGGAGAAACAGGGGACCAUUAAAAUUCAGAAGAAAGGGGAUGGGGACAUCGCCAUACUUCCAGUUGUGGCUUCUGGGACAUUGUCCAUGGGGUUGGAAGUGGGAGUGGGCAACUCUGGGGGACCAGUAACAGGGGCUGCCUCCUCAGUGUCCUUGGCCCAUCCACCACUGCCUCCAUCUUCUGACUCCCCCGAGACAGUGCAAAAUGGUCCAGUAACACCACCUAUGCCACCGCCCCCUCCCCCUCCUCCCCCUCCCCCUCCUCCCCCACCGCCUCCUCUCCCCUGUCCUGCAGCUGAGACUGUGCCUACUCCUCCAGUUCCGCCUCCCCCUCCCCCCUCUGCACCCCCUCUGCCGGGAACAUCUUCACCCACAGUGGUUUUCAACUCAGGAUUAGCAGAUGGGCCAAUCAAGCUUUUCUCUGUGAAAAUUAAGAAACCAAUCAAGACGAAGUUCAGAAUGCCAGUGUUUAACUGGGUGGCUCUGAAGCCCAAUCAGAUCAAUGGCACCGUCUUCAAUGAAAUUGAUGAUGAACGAAUCCUGGAGGAUUUAAAUGUGGACGAAUUUGAGGAAAUAUUCAAGACGAAAGCCCAAGGUCCUGCCAUGGAUCUUUCAUCAAGUAAGCAGAAGAUAACACAGAAGGGAUCCAACAAAGUGACGUUACUAGAAGCAAACAGGGCCAAAAACCUUGCCAUAACUUUAAGGAAAGCUGGAAAGACGGCCGAUGAGAUAUGCAAAGCUAUUCAUGUAUUUGACUUGAAGACAUUGCCGGUAGACUUUGUAGAAUGUCUGAUGAGGUUCUUGCCAACUGAGAACGAGGUGAAAGUGCUUCGGCUCUACGAGCGGGAAAGGAAGCCCCUGGAGAACUUGUCAGAUGAAGAUCGGUUCAUGAUGCAGUUCAGUAAAAUUGAGAGGCUCAUGCAGAAGAUGACCAUCAUGGCUUUCAUUGGGAACUUUGCUGAAAGCAUUCAGAUGCUGACUCCUCAACUACAUGCAAUUAUAGCAGCAUCUGUGUCUAUAAAGUCAUCCCAGAAACUCAAGAAAAUUCUGGAGAUCAUCUUGGCCCUUGGAAACUACAUGAAUAGCAGUAAAAGAGGAGCAGUUUAUGGAUUUAAACUUCAGAGUUUAGAUCUGCUCUUAGACACAAAGUCAACGGACCGAAAGCAGACGCUGUUGCAUUAUAUAUCAAAUGUUGUCAAAGAAAAGUAUCACCAAGUGUCCUUAUUUUAUAACGAGCUUCAUUAUGUGGAAAAAGCUGCUGCAGUCUCCCUUGAGAAUGUUUUACUGGAUGUCAAGGAGCUCCAGAGAGGCAUGGACUUGACCAAGAGGGAGUACACUAUGCAUGACCACAACACGCUGCUGAAGGAGUUCAUCCUCAACAACGAGGGGAAGCUGAAGAAGCUACAGGAUGAUGCCAAGAUCGCACAGGAUGCCUUUGAUGAUGUCGUGAAGUAUUUUGGAGAAAAUCCCAAGACAACGCCACCCUCAGUCUUCUUUCCUGUCUUCGUCCGGUUUGUGAAAGCAUAUAAGCAAGCAGAGGAAGAAAAUGAGCUGAGGAAGAAGCAGGAACAAGCUCUCAUGGAAAAACUCCUUGAGCAAGAAGCUCUGAUGGAGCAGCAGGACCCAAAGUCUCCUUCCCAUAAAUCAAAGAGGCAGCAGCAAGAGUUAAUUGCGGAAUUACGAAGGCGUCAAGUUAAAGAUAACAGACAUGUAUAUGAGGGAAAAGAUGGUGCCAUUGAAGAUAUUAUCACAGCCUUAAAGAAGAAUAAUAUCACUAAAUUUCCAAAUGUUCACUCGAGGGUAAGGAUUUCUUCUAGCACACCGGUGGUGGAGGAUACACAGAGCUGAUCUUAGAAACCAGCCAUACAGACGAGCCGAUGCGGUGAGGAGAAGUGUCAGGCGGCGCUUUGAUGAUCAGAACUUGCGUUCUAUUAAUGGUGCCGAAAUAACCAUGUGAACCCAAGACCUGCCUGCAUUAAUAGAGGGUGUGUGUGAAUGAAACUGCCCACAUGAACUUUUAUGUGCUACCAUUUAACUGCAGCUUGAACACACAAAAUAUUCUUAAGGGCUCAGAUUUAACAAACACAUAGGAAUUUUAAAAUGAUGGGCUCUCCUUUCAGCCCUUGUUAACAAGUGCCUAAAAAUUGAAGUACCUGCUCAGAUUAAUCAAAGCAAUAGGACUUGAUUUGAUUAAGUAUCUUUUUACACACCAGUAUGUUAUCCAUUUUUUUUAACCAAAAUGUAAAUUUCGUAUUAAAUUUAUUACCUGCCAUUGUGAUUGUCCCAUCAUGGCCCACCCUCAUUUUCUGAUAAGUUGUAAAUAACAUGGAUGCAUCUGCUGGGGGAUUCCUCUGCUGAGAUGUCUUUUAAGGAAUUUUGUGUUUCAGACAUACCCAUCACACUUUUGUGUUACUAAAGACUUGCAAUGUGGAAGAAGGGAAAAGUCACAUGAUAAACUCCUGUUCAUAACCAAGCUCUAGCAAAGUGCAAACAGGAUGGACUGCGUGGCACAAGUCAUUCAAACAAUAGUUUCGCAUUCUACAAUUUCUGUGCUGGAGAAGGAUGCUGUCAGAGACCUUUACCAGUUGUAGGAAUGCAAAGAUAUGUAUGAUGGCAUAAAAUGUUGUAUAACACUUAUUUGCAGUACUAUGUUCUUCAGCUAAAGGCAGCUUUUUAAUGCAAAUAUAUUUAUUAAUUAGGAAAAUUAACAUCUCAGUGAUCAGUAUUAGGAUUUCUAAAGACCACUAUGGGUUAAUCCUGAUAAUAGAAAUUAGUGCCUUGCUAGCCAGGGAGAAACUUUCUAGCUCUAUCAACAAGCGUUCCAAGUUACAUCUACUAGUAUAUUAGUGUUAGGAACCUGGCCUUAUUCUCCUCUGACAAUCGCAGGGUUUUCAUUUCUUCAAUUUCCUUUUGUAAACUGGAGAAGAUAAAUUUGGCAUCAUGUGUCAAAGCUAAAUUGUUUUUAUAUUUCCCAGAUUACUUAUACGGAAUCACAAUAAAGUCACUGAAAAAUAUUAAGUUUAAUAUGUAAUGGGACUAAAUGGCCAAUUAAGCCACUAUUUCUUCCUUCCUUUCUGGCAGGGCACUUGAUCCAUUCCAAAGUCAAAAACUGGACUGAAGUUAAAUUUGUACUUUCAUAAUAUACAUUCUGCUUUUGGCUUACCUUCUUGGUACAUUACAUCAAUAUAUUAAUUGUAAAAUUUAUUGUAUAGUAUUUAACCACUGAAUUUAUUUUAUGUUGUGCUUAUGUGAACCCCUUGGUAAGGUCCCUUUUUCUUGGAUAAUGUGUAGUUAUAUGAUCUUUUUAAAUGUACAGAUAUUUUGCUAUAAAAUUGGUGCAGUUUUUUAUGGUUUUUACACUUCUCUUUAAUUCCUACCUAAGCCUCUAGGUGAUAUUGUAAAUAUUGUUUAAAAAUGCAUCAGCCUAUGCUAUACAAUCUGAAUGUUAUUUUAACUUAUAGUUUUUUUUUUUUUUUAAAUAUAUAUUUAACUACCAGGACAGCUUAGGGAUCUGUUACCACAUUUCACUUUAGCAUACCUAUUUACAGAAAGAUUACCUUUUAAACUGCCACCUGCUGGCACACUUCCAUAAGUGUGUACUUUAAAAAGAACAUGCCAAGAUUUUGUCUGUUUACUAAACACUCAUUUUGAUGAAAAUGCCAAUCUGACCGUAACAUGUAACACAUAGUUGGACCAUUUACCACAAAGCAGCUGUUUUUCAAAACUCAAUGCUGAUAUGAGUAUGUUAAAGUAAUUGCCUAUUUAUUAUUCUACAAAUAGACAAUAAUGUUGGCAUGUUCUUUUCUAUUUGUCUAUUAAUGGGCCUGCUUCUUAGCAAUAUUAGAAAUGUUUUAUAAAAGCAAUUCAUGUUACUUUUCUGGUCUUUUCAUGGCAUAUGAGCAAAUAAAAACUAUUUACGCUA